AUGGAGCGAUUGGACGAUUUUGAGCUGCCGGACUUCUUCAAGGAUCCGUCGUACUUCACUUUGCAGCCUGUGGGAGCUGCCCGCCAAGAGCAAAUUCGUGCAUGGAAACAGCUGAUCCUUGACUACUGCAGGAGUAGAAGGAUAUACAGAGUCCCAGUGGAUGCAGAAUUCCCAUUGUUCUCAAACCCAGCAAUUGAAAGAUCGCUAAGCCCUGAAGCAACGGAAGUUUUUCUUUCAGCCCUUGUUAUGGAAGGGCGUGCAGAGUGGACGGAUGUAAAUCACACCGAAUGCCUUGUUCUCUGGAGAAGUAUACAUGAUUGGGCCAACUACAUAUCGAACUUUCUAAAUGAGCGUGGAUUAGAAAGCUGGGUUUGCACUGUUGAAGAGGUGCGCUCUGGUGACGAAACACGAGAAUCUGCGACCGCGGCAAGAAUAAUUGGGCAAUUAGAGACAUCAAUAGCAACCACUCUCUGA